AGCUGUUUUGGUGCUCCUCUCAGCUGCCCACCAUGGCCCGGGGUCUGCCCAGCACCGCCAGCCUGGCGCGCUUCUGCCAGAAGCUGAACCUGCUGAAGACACUGGAGGAGUCCACCAGGGAGAUGUCGCUGCAGCGCCACCUGACCACGCUGCACCUGACCCUGCUGGGUGUGAGUGGCGUGAUGGGCUUUGGCCUCUAUGUGUUCAUGUGCACCGUGGCCAAGGAGAUGGCUGGCCCUGCAGUCAUUGUGUCCUUCAGCAUGGCUGCUGUGGCCUCCUUGCUGGCAUCCUUUUGCUAUGUGGAGUUUGGGGCACGUCCGCCUGGCAGGGGCUCUGCUUACCUGUUCACCUACGUGUCCAUGGGUGAGCUGUGGGCCUUCCUCAUUGGCUGGAAUGUGCUCCUCCGGUGCCUCAUUGGUAGCGCCGCCAUGGCUCGCACCUGGAGCAGCUACCUGGAUGCCAUCUUCAGCCACUAAAUCCGCAGCUUCACUGAUGGCCAUGUGGGCAUCUGGCAGGUGCCCUUCCUGGCCCAGUACCCAGACUUCUUGGCUGCUGGCAUCAUACUUUUGGCCUCCACAUUCAUCCUCUGUGGAGCCCGUGUUUCUUCCUGGCUCAACCGUACCUUCUCUGCCAUCAGCCUGGUCAUCAUCCUCUUCAUCAUCAUCCUCGGGUGUGUCCUGGCCCGCCCGCACAACUGGAGCACUGAGGAGGGUGGCUUUGUGCCCUUUGGCUUCUCUGGCAUCAUGGCUGGUGCCGCCACCUGCUUCUAUACCUUCGUGGGCUUUGAUGUCAUUGUUGGCUCCAGUGAGGAGGCCCAGAACCCACAGCGAGCCGUGCCUAUGGCCAUUGUCAUUUCUCUUGGCCUGGCGGCUGGCACCUACAUUCUCACCUCCACUGUGCCCACCCUCAUGGUGCCCUGGCACAGCCUGGACCCAGACUUGGUGCUCUCUGAUGCCUUUUACCAGUGGGGCUAUAGUUGGGCGGGCUUCAUCGUGACAGCUGGUGCGAUCUGUGCCAUGACCACUCUCCUGCUCAGAAUCCUCGUUUGCAUGCCACGCAUGGUCUAUGCCAUGGCCGCCGAUGGGCUCUUCUUCCAAGUGUUUGCCCACGUGCGCCCCCAGAUGCAGGUGUCCGUGGUGGGCAUCCUGGUGUUUGGGAUCCUCAUGGCUUCGGCACUGCUGCUAGAUCUCAGGGCAUUGGUCCAGUUUGUGUCCAUCGGCACACUGCUGGACUACACCUUCAUGGCCAGCGGCAUCAUCGUGCUACGCUUCCAAAAGUCCCCUCCAUCCAGUUCCCUGGGCCCAGUCAGCCCUGUGGGCACAGAGCAGGCCUCAGCCGCUGAGCCUGGGCAGCUGCGACCAGCCCUGAGGCCCUACCUCGGCUUCCUGGGUGGGUGCCGGCCUGGAGCCACCGUGGCUUGGGCACUUGGUGUCCUGGUGGCCUCAGCCAUCACUCUGGACUGCGUGCUGGUCUUUGGGGACUCUGCCCUGCACCUCCCACUCUGGGGCUACACCCUGCUGCUCCUGCUUAGUUCCAUCAUGUUUCUGCUCAGUCUCCUCGUCCUGGGGGCCCACCAGCAACAGCGCCAGCGGGACGCCUUCCAGGUUCCCCUGGUGUCCCUGACUCCAGCCCUGAGCAUCCUCCUCAACAACUUCCUCAUGAUGCACCUGAGCCCCCUGACCUGGCUGUGCUUCUCCAUCUGGCUGCUGAUUGGACUCGUGAUGUAUUUUGGCUACGAUCACAGCAAGGAGAACCAGCAGGAGUGGCCAGGGUUGACUGUCACACUUGACAGCCUGGAGGGGACAGCACAGGCCCUGCAGCCCCCUAGCCCUGCACCAGCGCAAGAUCCUGGCUAUACAGAGCAGUCCACAAGUCCAUGA